GCGCGGCGGCGGCGGGGCUGCGCCUCUCGCCCCGGCCGGGGCUCCCUCCCCUCCAUUGUUCCCGGGAGCGGCGGCUCCGCGCCGGGGCUCCGCUUGUAGGGGCUGCCAGCCCUGCGGAGACCCCCCUGCUCCCCCCAGGGCCCCCAUGGAGGGGCAGUUGCAGAGCCCAGUCGCCGAGCAGUAGCUGCAGCAGUGGGAUGUGGACCUGGCGGUGCCUGAUCCUUUGGGCUGUGCUGGUCGCAGCCGCGCUCUCCGCUGCCCGGCCGGCCCCCACCCUGCCCGAGCAAGCUGUGCCCAACGCCAAAAUGGAGGUGGAGUCGUACUCAGCCCACCCCGGCGAGCUGCUCCAGCUGCGCUGCCGGCUGCGGGACGACGUGCAGAGCAUCAACUGGGUGAGGGACGGCGUGCAGCUGGCCGAGAACAACCGCACGCGCAUCACCGGCGACGAGGUAGAGGUCAGGGACGUGGUGCCCGAGGACUCGGGGCUCUACGCCUGCAUGACCAACAGCCCCUCGGGGAGCGACACCACCUUCUUCUCCGUCAACGUCUCAGACGCCCUCCCCUCUGCAGAGGAUGAUGAUGAUGAAGAUGAUUCCUCGUCGGAGGAGAAGGAGGCUGACAACACCAAGCCCAACCAGGCCAUUGCUCCCUACUGGACCUACCCUGAGAAGAUGGAGAAGAAGCUCCACGCUGUCCCUGCUGCCAAAACAGUGAAAUUCAAAUGUCCCUCCAGCGGGACCCCCAACCCCACGCUGCGCUGGCUGAAGAACGGCAAAGAGUUCAAACCUGACCAUCGCAUUGGGGGGUACAAGGUCCGCCAGGCCACCUGGAGCAUCAUCAUGGACUCGGUGGUGCCAUCUGAUAAGGGCAACUACACGUGCAUCGUGGAGAACAAGUAUGGCAGCAUCAACCACACCUACCAGCUGGACGUUGUGGAGCGCUCCCCACACCGGCCCAUCCUGCAGGCAGGGCUCCCUGCCAACAAGACAGUGGCCCUGGGCAGCAACGUGGAGUUUGUGUGCAAGGUGUACAGCGACCCCCAGCCCCACAUCCAGUGGCUGAAGCACAUCGAGGUGAACGGCAGCAAGAUCGGGCCUGACAACCUGCCCUACGUGCAGAUCCUGAAGCACUCGGGGAUUAAUAGCUCAGAUGCGGAGGUGCUGACCCUGUACAAUGUGACAGAGGCCGAGAGCGGGGAGUAUGUUUGUAAGGUUUCCAAUUAUAUUGGAGAGGCCAACCAGUCUGCGUGGCUCACUGUCACCAGGCCCCUGGCCACAGCCAUUGAAGACACCCCAGCCAUGAUGACGUCCCCCUUCUACCUGGAGAUCAUCAUCUACUGCAUCGGGGCCUUCCUCAUCUCCUGCAUGGUGGUGACCAUCAUCAUCUACAAGCUGAAGAGCACCACCAAGAAGACAGAUUUCAACAGCCAGCUGGCCGUGCACAAGCUGGCCAAGAGCAUCCCCCUGCGCAGACAGGUAACAGUGUCAGCCGACUCCAGCUCGUCCAUGAACUCGGGGGUGAUGCUGGUGAGGCCCUCCCGCCUCUCCUCCAGCGGCACCCCCAUGCUGGCCGGGGUCUCCGAGUACGAGCUGCCCGAGGAUCCACGCUGGGAGCUGCCCCGGGACAGGCUGAUCCUGGGCAAGCCCCUGGGAGAAGGCUGCUUCGGGCAGGUGGUGCUGGCAGAAGCCAUCGGCCUGGACAAGGACAAGCCCAACCGUGUGACCAAGGUGGCGGUGAAGAUGCUCAAGUCUGACGCCACAGAGAAGGACUUGUCUGACCUCAUCUCCGAGAUGGAGAUGAUGAAGAUGAUCGGCAAGCACAAGAACAUCAUCAACCUGCUGGGAGCCUGCACGCAGGACGGACCGCUCUAUGUGAUCGUGGAAUACGCCAGCAAGGGCAACCUCCGGGAGUACCUGCAGGCACGGCGGCCCCCGGGCAUGGAGUACUGCUACAACCCCGCCCGCGUGCCCGAGGAGCAGCUCUCCUUCAAGGACCUGGUCUCCUGUGCCUACCAGGUGGCACGGGGCAUGGAGUACCUGGCCUCCAAGAAGUGCAUCCACAGGGACCUGGCAGCCAGGAACGUGCUGGUCACAGAGGACAACGUGAUGAAGAUCGCCGACUUCGGGCUGGCCCGGGACAUCCACCACAUCGAUUACUACAAGAAGACCACAAAUGGUCGCCUGCCAGUGAAGUGGAUGGCUCCUGAGGCUCUCUUUGACAGAAUCUACACCCACCAGAGUGAUGUGUGGUCCUUUGGGGUGCUGCUGUGGGAGAUUUUCACACUGGGUGGGUCCCCCUACCCCGGCGUGCCCGUUGAGGAGCUCUUCAAGCUGCUGAAGGAAGGUCACAGGAUGGACAAGCCCAGCAACUGCACCAACGAGCUGUACAUGAUGAUGAGGGAUUGCUGGCACGCCGUCCCCUCCCAGAGACCCACCUUCAAGCAGCUGGUGGAGGACCUGGACAGGAUCGUGGCCAUGACCUCCAACCAGGAGUACCUGGACCUGUCCCUGCCCCUGGACCAGUACUCCCCCGGUUUCCCGGCCACGCGCAGCUCCACGUGCUCCUCAGGAGAGGACUCUGUGUUCUCCCACGACCCGCUGCCCGACGAGCCCUGCCUGCCCAAGCUGCCCCCUCAGCACAGCAAUGGUGGACUGAAGCGACACUGAGCCUGGCACUGCCACGCCAUGCCGUGCCCAUGGACGCUGCCUGCGCGGCCUGGCUGUGCCCAGCUGGUGCAGAAAGGGUUCAGAGACAUCUGCAGCAUCUCACACAACCAAAAGCACCACCCAGCUCCUCCUGCCAGCUCUGCCCAGCCCAAAGGCUCCGGGGUUUCCGUGGCCUUUCCUCCUUUUGUUUUUAAACCUCUUUUCUGUCAUUCUGUGCUGGAGGGUUCCCACCUGGCUGAGCUGAGAUCCCCUCCCGCGGGCACUGCGUGGCCAAAGAGCCCAGCCAGGCAUCCUGGGCUGGCACAGCCUGCUGGGGCACAGGCUGGUGUGCCAGGGGGAGCUGGCAGCAGCACCAGGCUCCUGUGGCUGCACAGGGGGGGAGCCUCGGCGUGUCAGGGGCCUUACUGGUGUGCCAGGACCAUCACUGGUGUGCCAGGACCAUCAUUGGUGUGCCAGGAGCCUCACUGGUGUGCUGGGAGCCUCACUGGUGUGCUGGGAGCCUCACUGGUGUGCCAGGAGCCUCAUUGGGGUGCCAGGACCCUCACCAAUGUGCCAGGAGCCUCACUGGCAUGCUGAGACCCUCACUGGUGUGCCAGGGGUUUCACUGGUGUGCCAUGAGCUUCACUGGUGUUCUGUAACCAUCACUGGUGUGCCAGAAGCUUCACUGGUGUGCCAGGGGCCUCAU